AAACCACAGAUUGGCGAACACCAACAGGUGCCUGCCCCACAGGCUUCCCAGUACGAACACAUUCCGCCCUCUCGUCACUCCCAGCAUGCGCACCCAAUCAGGCCGUGGAUUCACCCACGGAGCCAUGGCCACACAGACACCAAGGGACAGGAGAGAGAGCUGAACAGUGUGUGCUGCUGAAGGUGCCAACCAGCUGCAAUCCAACUGAAGGUGUACCUGUAGCUAAGAGCUAGAAAGGUGUGUCUUUUCGGGACGCUCCAUCUAGAUUCCAGGUGAAAGCGUCAAAGUGCCUAAAGGAAAGUGGGGCCUUUGAUUGCACUUAAACGUGUACAAUGUCAUGACUGUCAUGAUUGGACAAAUGAAGAUAAGGAUGAUCAUUCAUGCGAGGAUGAACGCAUUUAUCAUCGUAUGCAGCUGCCUUUGUCUCACUUACACUGGAGCCUCGGAAACAGAGCGGAGGCUCCAUCAGAAGCUGUUUAAGAACUACAACAUGAAAGUCAGACCGGCUCGUUACUGGGAGGAGAAGGUGAUGGUUCGAGUGGGGAUGACCCUCUCUCAGCUUGUCAGCUUGAACGAGAAGAACGAAGAAAUGACAACCAACGUGUUCAUGAAUCUGGCGUGGACAGACUACAGGCUGGCAUGGAAUCCAGAAGAAUAUGACGACAUUGAAGUUUUGAGGAUUCCUCCCAACAAGGUGUGGCGUCCAGACAUCUACCUCAUAAACAAUAAUGACGGUCAGUUCGACGUAGCUCUGUACGUCAACGUCUUGGUUUACAGUGAUGGGACAGUCAACUGGCUUCCCCCAGCCAUCUACCGCAGCUCCUGCUCUAUAGAGGUGUCGUACUUCCCAUUUGACUGGCAGAACUGCAGCAUGGUUUUCCGCUCGUACACCUAUGACGCCUCUGAGGUGGAACUGCAGUAUUUUCUGGAUGACGUGGGCAACGAGAUCCAGGAGAUAGUUAUAGAUGAGAACGCUUUCACUGAAAACGGAGAAUGGGCCAUCUGUCACAAACCCUCCAGAAAGAACGUUAAGGAGGACCUUUACGAGGACAUCACCUUCUACCUCAUCAUAGAGAGAAAGCCUCUUUUCUACAUCAUCAACAUCAUCGUGCCCUGCAUCCUCACCAGCGUGUUGGCUAUAUUUGUCUUCUACCUACCUCCUGGAGCAGGAGAGAAGAUGACUCUCUCCAUUUCCGUCCUCAUCGCUCUGACUGUCUUCAUGCUUCUGCUGGCUGACAAGGUCCCCGAGACCUCCCUUGGCAUUCCAAUUAUUGUCAACUAUGUCUUGUUCACCAUGAUCCUGGUCACGUUCUCUGUCAUCCUAAGCGUAGUCGUCCUUAAUCUGCACCACCGAACGCCCAGCACACACAUCAUGCCCAACUGGGUUCGAAAGGUAUUCAUUCACUUCUUGCCCAAGUACAUUGGCAUGACAAGGCCAAACCCAGAGGAACCUCUGUUGAAGGAGGAGUCUAGUGAUGACUUGCCCAUCCAAAGCUUCAACGGCAGGCAGCCUGGAGGAGAGUACUUCUUUCGAAAGAUCAACCCUGAUCUCGUCUUACCUUGGAGAGGCAGGUGUGAGAGCACAGUGCAGCUCCAGCGGCUCCCAAACACUGACAGCUACUGUCUGGUCCUCCCUCCCAACCUGAAGUCAGCCAUCUCUGCAGUGACAUACAUGGCCGAGCAGCUGAAGAAGCAGGACACAGACGACACGAUGACAGGAGACUGGCAGUUCAUCGCCCUCGUGGUGGACCGUCUCUUCCUGUGGUUGUUUGUCAUCAUCACCACCCUGGGCACCCUGGCCAUGUUCUUGGACGCCAGUUUCAACUAUACGCCCGAGAACCCCUUCCCAUAGCAGACAGAACACACACACUCGGAGUUUGAAGAAUUGCUUGGUCGUUAAUUCUUCUAAUUGGUGAUUUCGGAGAUCACCGGAUCUGACUUUCCAUAAAUACCUUAUUGCCUAUUCCAUAUAUCUGUUCUCUGAAAUGUUUUAUUUAAGGUUAGGUAGCUGAUAGUCUCGCAUCGCCAGACCUAUCCCCACAGCGCUGUGGAGUAAGGUGUGGCUACACCAUAGAUGCAUUCUGGGAUAGGA